AUGGGCCGUGGUCACAAAGAGAAGUCGACUUUCGGCACAAGAAUGCCUAUCGACAUUCAUAUGCUAAACGAGAUCAUAUACAGGGAGGUGAAACACUUUCGAAACUACAAGAUAUAUCGGCCCAAUUUCGGAUCGAUCCCGGUGACUGGCAAGGCUUACGCGGCGCACGAUGCACUAAAGGAGAGUGUAGAACAGGCGCAGAAGGUCGAAAACUACACUGAUAAGGUAUCACAGACGAGGGCGCAGGGGCCACGCAGCAAAUACCCAGAACCGGCCACCUCAAACCAGACG